UGUCACGGUACCUUUAGUAAGUCGCUAUAAUUUGUUAACAACCGUUGGAUGCCAGUCUGGCGACAACGAGAUGGCUGUUAGAUUGUUUGCUGAUUUUUUUUUCUCAUGACGAAUGCAUUGCUGUGUUUGAUUGUACGCACUUACUCCCUCUGUUUGGAAAUACUUGAUGUGGUUUUAGUUCUUUACCUCACCAUGUGUGUGUUGUGCAACUUAACCGCGUGGGGUUUUGCUAGUUGGUCGGAGCUCACGGUGAGCUUGAUCAGAAUAUAUAUCUUCUUCACCGAGUAGCCAAUUGAGUGCGGUUGCAACGAAAAGCCCGCCGAGUCCACGGCUCCACGGCGUUAGCUGGCCGCAACAAACCUCCAGCCUGUGCUGCCCCCACUCCCGGCUACACGACAACGCUCCCUCUGCCUCCUCCUCAGCCCCUCCGCUAUAUAUACCAUCGCCGUCUCCGGCAGCAACCGCACCACGCAUUGCAUUACGACAACAACAGCGCGAACAAGAGAAGCGCAGGAGAAGAAGCUAGCACCAGCAGCAGCACACACGCGGCGACCAAGAGACAUACAGACGGAAUGGGCCUGUGUGUGUCGUACGACGCGGCGGCCGACGGCCCGAUGACCGCGAGGGUGGUGCUCCCCAGCGGCGAGCUCCGGGAGUACUCGCCGCCCGCGACGGCGGCGAUGGCGCUGGAGGAGGUGGGCCAGCAGGGGUGGUUCCUCUGCGACGCCGACAGGAUGGGGUUCGAGGGCUCCGUCGCGGCGGUGGCUGCCGGCGAGGAGCUCCAGCCGGGUCAGAUCUACUUCGUGCUCCCCACAGAGAUGCUGCGACGCUGCCUCACAGGCGAGGAGGUGGCCUCGCUCGCCGUCAAGGCCAGCGCCGCCCUCGUCAAGGCCGCCACCGCCUCGUCUGCCGGCGGCCGGCGCCGGCGAGGCUCCGUGGCGCCGCUCGUGUUCGCGCCGUCCGAGGAGGACUACUCGGACGAAACCUUGGCGACGUUUGCAGUGAAGCCGGCGGUGCCGCAGAAGCGGAGGGUGACCUACCGAGGCGGGAGGUCGCCGCCGAGGUUCUCGCCUGACUUAACCGCCAUUUUGGAGAGCGAGUAGAGGUGCCGGGCACACGAGACUGACAGAAAAAAAAGGGCGCAUUUUUGCACAUAGCCCUGCCGCGCCUAGCCGCGAGAGAUGUGUGGUUCCUGCCGCUGAUGCUAGAUCGGACGGUGGAGAUAGACGCGGCAAAUGAUAUGUAGAUUAGUUUGUCAAGUUGGGUGGUAGAAGCAGUCGUGUUUCACUGUUUUGGGCGUUGCUAAUUUAGACGUCAGAGAAACAAGAGGGAAUGCACAUGAAGAUAUGUAAAUGUGAAUACUGUAUAAUUGCAUAAAUGAUGUGGAGUACGUAUGUUUAGUUA